CUUCUUCAGACAAAACCAAACCCAUUUGGACUUUCUUUGUCUUAACCCUAAGAUUUCCAAAGGUUUUUCAACAAACCCGCAACGAUUGUUCUAAUAUCUCAUCAAAACCCUUUCAAUAGGUGAAAAAAAUGGGAAGACCACCUUGCUGUGAAAAGAUUGGAGUGAAGAAAGGACCAUGGACACCUGAGGAAGACAUCAUCUUGGUUUCUUACAUCCAAGAACAUGGUCCUGGAAACUGGAGAUCUGUCCCAACUAACACAGGUCUGAGGAGAUGUAGCAAGAGCUGCAGAUUGAGAUGGACUAAUUAUCUUCGACCCGGUAUUAAGCGUGGAAAUUUUACUGAGCAUGAAGAGAAGACUAUUGUUCAUCUUCAAGCCCUUUUAGGCAACAGAUGGGCAGCCAUAGCAUCAUACCUUCCAGAAAGGACAGACAAUGAUAUAAAGAACUAUUGGAACACUCACUUGAAGAAGAAGCUCAAGAAGAUUAAUGAAUCUGGUGAAGAAGAUAAUGAUGGUGUCUCCUCAUCAAACACUAGUUCACAAAAGAACCAUCAAAGCACUAACAAAGGUCAAUGGGAAAGAAGACUUCAGACAGAUAUUAACAUGGCAAAACAAGCUCUUUGUGAGGCCUUGUCUUUAGACAAACCAUCAUCAUCAUCGUCGUUGCCGACACCAGUAAUCACGCAACAAAACAUCCAUAGCUUCUCAUCAGCUUUGCUUGACCGUUGUUAUGAUCCAUCCUCUUCUUCUUCCUCUACAACCACAACUACGACUACAAGCAACACUACCAAUCCACACCCAUCAGGUGUAUAUGCGUCAAGUGCUGAGAACAUCGCUCGGUUGCUUCAAGAUUUCAUGAAAGACACACCAAAGGCUUUAACUUUAUCAUCUUCAUCUCCAGUUUCAGAGACCGGACCACUCGCUGCUGCAGUCUCGGAAGAAGGUGGAGAAGGGUUUGAACAAUCUUUCUUCAGCUUCAAUUCAAUGGAAGAAACUCAAAACUUGACUCAGGCGACAAGCUUCUUCCAUGAUCAAGAGAUCAAACCGGAAAUAAUAAUGGACCAAGAUCAUGGUUUAAUAUCACAAGGGUCUCUGUCUUUGUUGGAGAAAUGGUUAUUUGAUGAGCAAAGCCACGAGAUGGUUGGUAUGGCACUAGAAGGACAAGAAGGGAUGUUCUAGUUCUAGAAGACUAGAACUAAACAAAGUGGGAUCUUUUUU